GGGACUACGAUUCCCUUCGGUCUUGCGCAAGCUUUGUGCAGCGCGCUUGCGCAGUGUGGAGGACGAUGCCGCUAUAAAGGCUUGUUUUGCUCCGGGUCCGAUGUUCGCGUGCGAGCCCGGGCGGUCCGCUCUCCCUUGGGGAGGUUGGUGUGCAGAAACUCUGCAGUGAGAGGAGGAGUGUGAGCUCUGGUACCCACUUGGUGAAGAUGAAGGAUAUCGACAUGGGGAAGGAGUACAUCAUCCCCAGCCCUGGGUACAGAAGUGUCAGGGAGAGAAGCAGUGCAGCUGGGCCACACAGAGACCGUGAGGAAUCCAGGUUCCAGAGAUCAAGACCGUUGGAAUGCCAAGAUGCCCUAGAAACAGCAGCCCGAGUUGAGGGCCUUCCCCUGGAUGUCUCCGUGCAUUCUCAUCUCCGAAUUCUGGACGAGGAGCAUACCAAGGGAAAGUACCACCAUGGCUUGAGUGCCCUGAAGCCCUUCCGGACCACUUCCAAGCACGAGCACCCAGUUGACAAUGCUGGACUUUUCUCCUUCAUGACGUUUUCAUGGCUCUCUCCUCUGGCCCGUGUGGUGUACAAGAAGGGGGAGCUGUUGAUGGAGGACGUGUGGCCUUUGUCCAAGUAUGAGUCUUCUGAUGUGAACUGCAGAAGACUGGAGAGACUGUGGCAAGAAGAGCUGAGUGAAGUGGGGCCCGCCGCCGCUUCCCUGCGAAGGGUUGUGUGGAUCUUUUGCCGCACCAGGCUCAUCCUGUCCAUCAUGUGCCUGAUGAUCACGCAGUUGGCUGGCUUCAGUGGACCAGCCUUCAUGGUGAAACACCUCUUGGAGUACACCCAGGCAACAGAGUCUAACCUGCAGUACAGCUUGCUGUUAGUCCUAGGCCUCUUUCUGACAGAAGUUGUACGCUCCUGGUCACUUGCGCUGACUUGGGCAUUGAACUAUCGAACUGGCGUCCGGUUGCGGGGGGCUAUCCUGACUAUGGCAUUCAAGAAGAUCCUGAAGUUAAAGAACAUUAAAGAAAAGUCUCUGGGUGAGCUCAUCAAUAUCUGCUCCAAUGAUGGGCAGAGGAUGUUUGAGGCGGCUGCUGUGGGCAGCUUGCUGGCCGGAGGACCUGUUGUUGCCAUCUUGGGCAUGAUUUAUAAUGUAAUCAUUCUGGGACCAACAGGCUUCCUGGGAUCAGCUGUUUUUAUCCUCUUUUAUCCGGCCAUGAUGUUCGUGUCGCGGCUUACUGCAUAUUUCAGGAGAAAGUGUGUAGCUGCCACAGAUGACCGUGUCCAGAAGAUGAAUGAAGUUCUCACCUACAUUAAAUUUAUUAAAAUGUAUGCCUGGGUCAAGGCGUUUUCUCAGAGUGUUCAAAAAAUCCGAGAGGAGGAGCGUCGGAUACUGGAAAAAGCAGGGUACUUUCAGAGCAUCACCGUUGGAGUGGCCCCCAUUGUGGUGGUGAUCGCCAGCGUGGUGACGUUCUCUGUUCACAUGAGCCUGGGCUUCCACCUGACCGCCGCGCAGGCCUUCACAGUGGUGACUGUCUUCAAUUCCAUGACUUUUGCUUUAAAAGUCACACCAUUCUCUGUGAAGUCCCUCUCUGAAGCAUCCGUUGCUGUUGACAGAUUUAAGAGUUUGUUUCUAAUGGAAGAGGUUCACAUGAUAACGAACAAACCGGCCAGUCCUCACAUCAAGAUAGAGAUGAAAAAUGCCACCUUGGCAUGGGACUCCUCCCACUCCAGUAUUCAGAACUCGCCCAAGCUGACCCCCAAAAUGAAAAAAGACAAGAGGGCUACCAGGGGCAAGAAAGAAAAGUCGAGGCAGCUGCAACACACUGAGCACCAGGCGGUGCUGGCAGAGCAGAAAGGACACCUCCUUCUGGAUAGUGAUGAGCGGCCCAGUCCGGAAGAGGAAGAAGGCAAGCAAAUUCCUACAGGGAGCCCGCGCCUGCAGAGGACGCUGUACAGCAUCGACCUGGAAGUUGAAGAGGGCAAGCUGGUUGGAAUCUGUGGCAGUGUGGGAAGUGGAAAAACCUCUCUCAUUUCAGCCAUCUUAGGCCAGAUGACACUUCUAGAGGGCAGCAUUGCAGUCAGUGGGACCUUUGCUUAUGUGGCCCAGCAGGCUUGGAUCCUCAAUGCCACUCUGAGAGACAACAUUCUCUUUGGCAAGGAGUUUGAUGAAGAAAGAUACAACUCAGUGCUGAACAGCUGCUGCUUGCGGCCUGACUUGGCUAUUCUCCCCAACAGCGACCUGACCGAGAUUGGAGAGCGAGGAGCCAACCUGAGUGGUGGACAGCGCCAGAGAAUCAGCCUUGCUCGGGCCUUGUAUAGUGACAGAAGCAUCUACAUCCUGGAUGACCCCCUUAGUGCCUUAGAUGCCCACGUAGGCAACCACAUCUUCAACAGUGCUAUCCGGAAGCACCUCAAGUCGAAGACAGUUCUGUUUGUUACACACCAGUUACAGUACCUCGUGGACUGUGAUGAAGUGAUCUUCAUGAGAGAAGGCUGCAUUACAGAAAGAGGUACCCACGAGGAGCUGAUGAACUUAAACGGAGAUUACGCUGCUAUUUUUAAUAACCUGUUGCUGGGAGAGACACCUCCAGUUGAGAUUAAUUCAAAAAAGGAAGCUAGUGGUUCACAGAAGAAAUCACAAGACAAGGGUCCCAAACCAGGGUCAGUGAAGAAGGAGAAGGCAGUGAAGUCAGAGGAAGGGCAGCUUGUGCAGGUGGAAGAGAAAGGGCAAGGCUCGGUGCCUUGGUCAGUCUAUGGUGUCUACAUCCAGGCAGCAGGGGGCCCUUUGGCUUUCCUGGUUAUCAUGGUCCUCUUCAUGCUGAAUGUGGGCAGCACUGCCUUCAGCACUUGGUGGUUGAGCUACUGGAUUAAGCAAGGAAGUGGGAACACCACAGUGUUUCAAGGGAACAGAAGCUCUGUGAGUGACAGCAUGAAGGACCACCCGUACAUGCAGUUCUACGCCAGCGUCUACGCCCUCUCCAUGGCAGUCAUGCUGCUCUUGAAAGCCAUCCGAGGAGUUGUCUUUGUCAAGGGCACACUGAGAGCCUCCUCCCGGCUCCAUGAUGAGCUCUUCCGAAGGAUCCUUAGGAGCCCCAUGAAGUUUUUUGACACCACCCCAACAGGAAGGAUUCUCAACAGGUUUUCCAAAGACAUGGAUGAAGUGGAUGUGCGCCUGCCAUUCCAGGCCGAGAUGUUCAUUCAGAACGUGAUCCUGGUGUUCUUCUGUGUCGGGAUGAUCGCAGGAGUCUUCCCGUGGUUCCUCGUGUCAGUGGGGCCUCUGCUCAUCCUCUUCUCAGUUCUGCACAUCGUCUCCAGGGUCCUGAUUCGUGAGCUGAAGCGACUGGACAACAUCACACAGUCUCCUUUCCUCUCACACAUCACGUCCAGCAUACAGGGCCUCGCCACUAUCCACGCCUAUAACAAAGGGCAGGAAUUUCUACACAGGUAUCAGGAGCUACUGGAUGACAACCAAGCUCCUUUUUUCUUGUUCACUUGCGCAAUGAGGUGGCUGGCAGUGCGGCUGGACCUCAUCAGCAUUGCCCUGAUCACCACCACUGGGCUGAUGAUUGUCCUCAUGCAUGGGCAGAUUCCUCCAGCCUACGCCGGCCUUGCCAUCUCCUAUGCCGUGCAGUUAACAGGACUGUUCCAGUUUACAGUUAGACUGGCAUCCGAGACAGAAGCCCGAUUCACUUCAGUGGAGAGGAUCAACCACUACAUAAAGACUCUGUCUUUGGAAGCACCUGCGAGAAUCAAGAACAAGGCUCCUCCCCCGGACUGGCCCCAGGAGGGAGAAGUAACCUUUGAGGAUGCAGAAAUGCGAUACCGAGAAAACCUUCCGCUGGUCCUUAAGAAAGUGUCCUUCACCAUCAAGCCCAAGGAGAAGAUUGGCAUCGUGGGGCGCACAGGGUCAGGGAAGUCCUCUCUGGGGAUGGCGCUCUUCCGUCUGGUGGAGUUAUCCGGAGGCUGCAUUAAGAUUGAUGGAGUGAGAAUCAGUGACAUCGGCCUAGCUGACCUCCGAAGCAAACUGUCCAUCAUUCCUCAGGAGCCCGUCCUGUUCAGCGGCACUGUCAGAUCAAAUCUGGACCCCUUCAACCAGUACACGGAAGACCAGAUCUGGGACUCACUAGAGAGGACACACAUGAAGGAAUGUAUUGCCCAGCUACCUCUGAAACUUGAAUCUGAGGUGAUGGAGAAUGGGGACAACUUCUCGGUUGGCGAACGGCAGCUCUUGUGUAUCGCCAGGGCCCUGCUGCGCCACUGUAAGAUUCUGAUUUUAGAUGAAGCCACUGCUGCUAUGGACACAGAAACGGACUUACUGAUUCAAGAGACCAUCCGGGAAGCAUUUGCAGACUGCACCAUGCUGACCAUUGCCCAUCGCCUGCACACAGUUCUGGGCUCUGAUAGGAUUAUGGUGCUGGCCCAGGGACAGGUGGUGGAGUUUGACACACCAUCGGUCCUUCUGUCCAACGACAGCUCAAGGUUCUAUGCCAUGUUUGCUGCUGCAGAGAACAAGGUGGCUGUCAAGGGCUGACUCAGGCCAUCCGUGAGGUCUCUCCUCAGAGCGUUGCCAUUCUCUUCCUGGUUUGGACCCCUCAUCCUGUCCUGCUGAAACCUUGCCUUUCCCGGUUUUAUCUCUCACACAACAGUUCAGGAUUAGCGGUGUGUUUCACUUUUAGGGAAAAUCAUAUUUUGAUUAUUGUAUUUAUUCCCUAUUCAUGUAAAUGAAAUUUAGUUUUUUGUUCUUAAUUGCACUCUUAAGAGGUUCAGGGAACCAUUACUAUAAAUGUAUCAGUGGCCUAUAAUGAAGCUUUAUAUGUGUAGCUAUGUCUAUAUGUAAUUCUGUAAAUAGUCUAUAUUUACAGGAAAAAUGUAAGCAGUUUAUUUUCUAUUAAAGCAAGCACUGCGCUACGGGCAGUGCGCGUUCAUUUCUAUCGUUUUGUACAGCCGACUGCACUAGAGAUCUCGUUUUGCUCUUAGCUGUUGAAAGUCAAUGUUUCGUUCUCUAGCUGCUCGGUUCACGGUGCUGGGCUUUCUAGGUGUCCAGAGGACACGCGACAGCAGUGAGCCCUCCCGGCCUGCUCCUUGGUCUUCCCAGUGGGAACCCAGUGCAGCUGAGCUGUGGGAGGCCUCGCAGAGCACCGUGGCUUCUCAGGGCUCCUGCUUUCCUGUGCUGUCACUUCCUGUUUCUGUUAGAGUGAUGGGGCAAAGCCCACCCCCUUUCCCUCUCAGGAAUGAGAACCAUAGCGUUCCUCAGAGGGGAGAGCUUCCUUCUGCCUUCCUCCUCCUGCUGUUGUUUUUAAAGAUCCAGACUGCUCCCAGUGUCCCAUGCUUCAGGUUCCUAGCGCUGGCCACCACAGAGCUCUCCCAGCUCUAGGGUCCACUGCUGCUGUUGUAGGUGGCAUUUUUUUUUGCCUGAUCCCACACCUCCAGAGUUCAGUGACAGGGCUCAGGAUUGUGGGGUCCGCCCUUCCUCACGUCAGUGUCCUCUGCAAAGUCUGCGGCCCUCAGCAGCUCUUGCUAGCCAGUGUCCUCACUGGUGUAGAAGUUUUUUGUACUGUAAAGAGACCUACCUCAGGUUGCUGAUUGCUGUGUGGUUUGGUGUGUUCCUGCAGACCCCCUUUGUGCUCUGGGGCCCGUAGUUUGGGUGGGUGUGGUCGCCACUGUCACCAGUCAAGUGGUCAGCGUUGCAUGUCGUGACCAACUAGACAUUCUGUCGCCUUAGCAUGUUUGCUAAACACCUUAUGAAAGCAAAAAUCUGAAAAAGUGAAUAAAAUUAUUUUGGAUUUGUAAAA